AAUUGCAACUACAAUUACUACAAUGAUGAUUACAAUUUUAUAUUUACACUAGUAAAGAUUCAUAAAUUCAACUAACUCUGCACUACAAAAAACUAUAACUUAGGAGACGGAACGAGAUACAAAAUCGAAGGAUUUUCUGAACCCAACAAAUAAUAGUACGGCAGAGUAAAAUGAGGGCGCUUCCAGCGUUAUACCGUCUCGGUGUCAAAUCGUUUUAAAUUAAUUUAAUUUCAAUCAGUUCACUAAUUACUUAGAAAAAAAUGUAGAAAUCUUAAGCUUUGUAUUCUCAACAUUUAAAAAUUUAAAAUUUGCGCUUCGUCCCGUCUUUUUCAAAACGCUGUGAAUACGGUUACAGAUACAGGAAAAACGUUUAGAAGAAAGUUGUAGAGAAUUAAAUUUCCUGUAAAAAAGUCGGGGAGACCAUAUCUUUAUCUUUAACGGUUUAUGCUUUAAAGGCGUUCAAAGACUCUCAAGCGACGGAUUUCUUUCAUUUUGCCGGUAAUCAAAUAUGGAAUUUAUAUCCAAACCGUUGAAGAUAGAAAUAUGGUGUCGCUGACUUUUUUGUAGCAACUUUAAUUCUCUACAACGUCGUUCUUUACAGUUUUUUGUAUCUUCAACCGUGUUCGCAGUGUUUUAAUAAACAGGCAACGAUGCCCAAAAAAUUAUCGCUUAGAAUUAUCAAUUUGCGUUUCACUUUAUUUUUUGCAAACGCAGCAAAUACGGUUGACGAUACAAAAAGAUGAAAGGAACAAAGUUGUAGAAAUUUAAAUUUUCUACAAAAAAGUUUGCGGCAGCAUAUGUCUAUCUUCAACGGUUUAGGUAUAAUUAUAUCAUUUUCCAACAUUUGACCAACUGCAAAAUUAAGGAAAUCCAUCGCUUGAGCGUCUUUGAAUGACUUUGGAGCCUAAAAGGUUGAAGAUAGAGAUACGGUCUCGCGAACUUUUUUAAAGGAAAUUUAAUUCUCUAGAACUUUCCUCUGAACAUUUUUUUUGUAUCUGUAACCGUAUUCGUAGGGUUUUGAAAAAUAUGGGGCAGAGUGCAAAUUGGUAAAUCCUUGAAAUUUUUUUAAAUAUAGUUUAAGAAACAAUAAUUGCACUAUCUUUAUCUCCUAUUAUUGAGAAUUUAAUGCCCUAUCUGCCUAUAUGGUUUUUAUUCGCCUUGUGCUAACCGUUAUUUAAUUACAACUAUUUUUAUAAAUUUAUUGCUCUGAAAACUUAGACGGUAAUGGAACAACUACGCCUCUGGCGACAUUAACGGAACUAUCGAGGACGGGGUCGUUUUAUUUGUACGUCGUUUCAUAUCCUUAGUUUUUAAAAUCCGUACUCUGGGCCUUUGAGAAAAGUAUUAUGAAUCAAUUCGAGUAAUUAGAGCUCUUCUUGAUUUCUAGGUCAGCUCAGGAAAGACCAAAAAUUAAAUAAAAAAAUGGCGCAUGUUUAUGACUUGGUUAACCGUGGGUUAUCAAAAUUGUCAACCACGGCAAAUAUGUUAUUUUAAAAUUAUUUUACAUGUGAGAAAAAGGUUUACUCAAACUAAAAAAUAGUAUUUCCCUUACAGGUAUUAAUACGUGUAAUAUUGUUGCUUAUUACAUAGACACGAGUAGAGGUAGUACACCUUUAUUCUACAAGUGGCUACUGUGGUCCACUAUAUGAUUUAGUUAUUUUUUUUAUCUUACUCGUUAGAUUAAAGUGGCCAUUUGGUGAUUUUUUAAUUCUAUCCGUGAAAAAAUUUAACAAUAAUUUCUCGAUGUACCUAUAAGAGAAAACGUUGUAUUAUACACGUAAAGAAAAGUUGGCUCGUGGUUCCUGUACGUACAAAUAAUGAGUAACUUUUCUUUACUUGUAUAUUGAACUACUAUUAUACAACGAGCAUUUAAUAUUAUUAAUUAUUAAGACAACGAGAAAUAAUUUUUAAAUGUCAUACUAUUAUCCAAAAAAAAAUUAUAAUAUUUAAGAAGCUACUUAUAAAUAAAAUAAAAUCGAUUGGCGAUAUCUGCGCUUACUGAAGUACGUGUACAGUGUGUAUACCAUUAUUUAUAAAUAAUAUGUGCAUACUUUUUUAGUUUAAAUUAUCGAUACUAAACUUCAAAUAAAUGAAAAAUUUGUGACGAUAAACAAAGAUAAAAGUGAAGAUAAUGAUAAAACAAGCAUAUCAGAUGAUUAUACAAUAACUUCCAAGUUAUGUUUCCGACAAUUUUUGUUUUUGAACAAAAUGUUCUACAUAUUUGUGAUAGUGUUUCUUCUUAUAUUUGGUGUAAUUUUAAAAAUUUACAUCAAGUUUACUACAGGAUGGUGCAGAAGCAAAACAUGCUUAGUAGGCAAAACUGCUAUAAUAACUGGUGCAAACACAGGUAUUGGUUUUGAGACGGCGUUAGAUUUUGCCAAAAGGGGGGCACGGGUGAUUUUAGCUUGUCGCGAUGAAAAACGAGCAGAAGAUGCCCGUUAUAAAGUUAUAGAAGAAACUGGCAACAAAAAUGUUGUUGUAAAACUGAUCAAUAUGAGUUCGUUUAAUUCGGUACGAGAGUUUGCUAAGGAAAUUAAUGAAACAGAAGAUCGUUUAGAUAUUCUGGUGAAUAACGCAGGUGCUGGAGGGAUCGGUGAUAAAAAGAGCAAAGACGGACAUGUUUUAUUGAUGCAGAUUAACUAUUUUUCGAGUUUUCUAUUGACUCAUUUACUUAUAGGUCUUUUAAAGAAAACGAAAGGAAGUCGUGUGAUCAAUGUGUCAUCUAUGGUGGCCAAGUAUGCCAAAAAUUUUGAUGUCAGCAAUGUUGAUAAAUAUCCAGGAAUAGUUACCGUAUACUACUACUCCAAGUUAUGCAAUAUUCUGUUUACAAAAGAACUGGCAAGAAGAUUGGAAGGAACUGAAGUUACGACUUAUUCGCUGCAUCCAGGCGCUGUGAAAACUGAACUUUACAGACAUGCAAAAAAUGGUUAUAAACUCCUUUUUCAGUUUUUGACCAAUAUAUUUUUCAAGACAAGUGAGGAAGGGGCUCAGACAACAAUCUACUGUUCUGUCACAAAACGAAUUGAAAAAUACAGUGGCGAACAUUUUGAAGACUGCCAAAAAGUUGCAUCUUAUAAAACCGUGGCAGAUCCCGACCUUCCUAAGAAAUUAUGGGAAUUUACACAAGAUAUAGUUCAGCUAAAACCUGAUGAAAUUCUUACAUAGGGAAUAAAACACUUCGUUCUCGCGUUUAAACCUUUUCGCGGAUUAAUCACAUUGUAAGACCCUUAUAUAAUGUGUCCAAAAAUAAAAUGGUUGUUCAUCAAAUAGCCUAUGGAAUUCAAAUUCAAUGUGCCACUUCGUCCAAAUGACUAUUCUAGUUUCUGAGUACUGUCAUUUCUGUCAAAUCUUUGAAUUAGCUUUUUACUCACAUUUUUUAAUUUUUCGACAAAAUUGUUGAAAGUGUAGGAUUUACUUUGAUUUAUAUUCUGUAUUUUAGUGAUUUUUGUUGUUGUGAAUUCUUUUGUUUUUAGAUUCGAAGCCUUUUUGCAUUAUUUUGACGGAUCUGUCACUUUGACGGCAUUUACAAUUUAAAUUAAGCGGCACAUUACGUUCAAAUUUCAUAGCUGACUUGAUAAGCUACCAUUUUUGAACACAUUGUACAAUAAAUAACUACACACAGCAGAAAAGUCUAGGAAUAUUGUAAUUUUUCUAAAUAAUGAUGUAAUAGAUAAAACUUUAGGCAUUUUUUGAUUCCAUCAAAAAGGACUUUGUUUGUCAUUGUUACAAUUAAAGAAAUAGAAAGAAAAACUGUUGUAUCUAACUUGAUCUUGUGUGACGUUUUUACAAUUAAAAAGACAAAAAUAUAAUAAUAUUUUAGUAACUAA